CAAACGACGGAAGGAUCCAUUAUGGAACAAAAAGACACCCGAAUCAACUGAGUUUCUACAAGGAGCCAGGAAAAAGAAAAAUGUCGGGGCGAAUCUGCCGCAGUGGAGCUACUGGUUGUAACAAGGGGCUGUCAGGUCAGCUGACGUUCCUGGAGGAAGUGCUCGUUGACAGCUCGGAGUGUGCCCACUGCUCCGGAUUUGGCAACUAGGAGAGAAAUCCUGCCAAAGAAGAUGAAGAAGUACAGAGGAAGGUUCAGCAACCGAGAGAGAGAAUUUGUAUAUAAAUUCAAAGUAGGAACUCAGUGCUUAGAAUUGAAGGUACCACUCCAAUUUCCUGUUGAAGAGGAUGCCAGUCAUUUGCAUGGACGACUGAUGUUGCUGCACAACUUACCGUGCUUUAUCGAAAAUGAUUUGAAAGAAGCCUUGAGCCAGUUCGUAGAAGAAGAAUCCCUGAGAGACUAUGAUAGCGAUGCGGAAGCAUCACUUGAAGCUGUGAAAUCAGGAGAAGUAGAUCUACACCAGCUGGCAAGUACAUGGGCCAAAGCUUAUACGGAGACUACAUUAGAGCACGCAAGGCCGGAAGAGCCCAGCUGGGAUGAAGACUUUGCAGAUGUGUACCAUGACCUGAUCCAUUCUCCCGCCUCUGAGACGCUCCUCAAUUUGGAACAUAAUUACUUCGUUAGUAUCUCAGAACUGAUUGGUGAAAGAGAUGUGGAGCUGAAAAAAUUACGAGAGAGACAGGGUAUUGAAAUGGAAAAGGUGAUGCAAGAAUUAGGAAAAUCAUUGACAGAUCAAGAUGUCAACUCUCUGGCAGCUCAGCACUUUGAAUGCCAACAAGACUUAGAGAAUAAGUGGACAAGUGAACUGAAACAAUCAACUGCCAUCCAAAAGCAAGAGUAUCAGGAAUGGGUGAUAAAACUGCACCGAGACCUAAAAAACCCCAACAACAGCCCCCUCAGUGAAGAAAUUAAAGUUCAGCCAAGUCAGUUCAGAGAAUCUGUGGAAGCAAAUGGGAGGAUUUAUGAGGAACAGAGAAAAUUAGAAGAAAGUUUUACCAUUCACUUAGGAGCCCAGUUGAAGACCAUGCAUAAUUUGAGAUUGCUGAGAGCGGAUAUGCUGGACUUCUGUAAGCAUAAACGAAAUCAUCGAAAUGGUGUGAAACUCCAUCGGCUCCAAACAGCACUGUCACUUUACUCCACGUCUCUCUGUGGCCUAGUUUUACUAGUAGAUAAUCGAAUCAAUUCAUACAGUGGGAUUAAAAGAGAUUUUGCCACAGUCUGCCAAGAAUGCACUGAUUUCCAUUUUCCCCGAAUCGAAGAGCAACUGGAAGUUGUCCAGCAGGUGGUCCUUUAUGCGAGAGCCCAGCGUCGCAGCAAAAUGAAAGACUCACGUGAUUCUGGAAACCAAAGCGGAGAACGUGAUGAGAAGGCUAAGAAUACUGAUCGAAACUAUUUAAAUAUUUUACCUGGAGAAUUUUACAUUACACGGCAUUCCAAUCUCUCAGAAAUCCACGUUGCCUUCCAUCUAUGUGUGGAUGACAACGUGAAGUCUGGAAACAUCACGGCCCGCCACCCUGCCAUUAUGGGACUCCGAAAUAUUCUCAAGGUCUGCUGUACGCAUGACAUCACCACAGUCAGCAUCCCCCUCUUGCUGGUGCACGAGAUGUCUGAGGAAAUGACCAUACCCUGGUGCCUAAAGCGAGCAGAACUAGUGUUUAAGUGUGUCAAAGGGUUCAUGAUGGAGAUGGCUUCGUGGGAUGGAGGAAUUUCUAGGACAGUGCAGUUUCUGGUACCACAGAGUAUCUCUGAAGAAAUGUUUUAUCAGCUUAGUAACAUGCUUCCCCAGAUAUUCCGAGUGUCGUCAACUCUCACCCUGACAUCCAAGCACUAGCGCCGCCUGCGUGCUGGCAGGAGAAGACUGCUGAGAGCCCCAGCAACGGGGCUCCGCUGAGACGCCGCCGAGAGAAAGACGCCCAGAAAGAAGACCUGCACCCCAGCCACCAAGCACGCUACGUGGGAUAAGUGUGCUGGCCAUGUCGGUCCAUGCGUAUACUGCGCUCACCAGGGAGGCCCUGACCUGCACAUUUACGCCUGAAGCCCCCAUGAAAGCACAGCCUGUCUUUGCCCAGGGCAGUAGGACGUCGUUUGUGGGGUUCCACCGGGGACUCUGGGAAAGCCAGAACUUCCUGUACCACACGUGGACGCACUUCCCAUGGGAGACAGGAUUCCGUUUUCAGGGAGACAUUUAACUUUUCCAAAAGGUUUGAAUUAUACCGUGUCUAUACCAGGCUUGAUUGGGCAGGCAAAUAAAAUCAUCUUUCUACCAUAUUUACCAAGUAAAAAAUUAAAGCGCACUGAAAUGCACAUGGCCAGCAUGGGUUUCCUGUGACAGUCCUUUAUGUGGAACACAUAAGAACAAAUGUGCUGAUUCCUCUCAGUUCUAUUGCAAAAAACAGCUGCUAGUGUACUCUUUCUAAGGUUUUAUGAGUUCGAGUCAGAAAAGGGUUUGAGAUUCUUGAUCACUGUCUCAUCUUUCCUGUGUGACCUUGCCCUUGUCUAUUUAUAGCACUUAAUGGGCUGAGAAAAUAUUGUGCUCAUUUGCAAGCUUGAUGUAACGUUACAUCUAACUUAGGACCUGGCUCUUUCAUGCUGUCCCACCGUGUGACGAUCAGACCCUAUUACUCAGAAGAGAUCUUUUUUAUUUCUCUUUCAGCCUUUCUGCACACUCAGCCUCCUCAGCCAUGUUUCUACUCAAACCCUCUCCUUGUCCACAUGUCGAUCUUGGAUCGCGAUCCGCCGUCUCUUCAUGUGCUACUUCUUUCUCAGGUGGUGCACCCCUUUUAUUAUCCCAGCUGAGUCAAACUCAGAGAGUUUGUUUUAUUUUUGUUUUGUUUUGGUUGUUGUGUAGUAACUAUAUAGAACAAAGGGUCAUCUGCAGAUAUUUAUAAAAGCAAUGUUGUUGUUAGGUUCUGCCAAAUUGGUUCCAACUUUGGGUGACCCUGUGUUGAACAGAACAAAUCUCUACCUGACGCUGCACCACCCUUACCAUCGGUGCUGGGUAGAGCCCACUCCUGCAGCUUCUGCCAGUCUCUCCCCAGGCAGGCCUUCCUCUUUGUCUCUGGCAAAGUCUCACUGUCCUCCUCCCUAGGGAGCGUUCUGACCGUACUGCUUCCAAGACAGGUCUUUUCAUUCUCGCAGCGCGCCCUGCUUAUGAACACCACACCAUACUCAAAGGCACUAAUCUUUCCCCCUUCUGCCUUAGGCAGUGUCCAGCUCUCACACGCAGAUGAGGCCAUUUACAAUACCGCGAGGGCUUGCUUCCAGGCCCUCAAAGGGACAUCUCUGCAUUAUCACACUUUAAAGAGGUGUUUUUGUAGCCAAUUUGCCCAAUGAAAUGCAAUUUUUGAUGUCCUGGCUGCGGUUUCUGUGGGUAUUGAAUAAAAGUAAUCGUGUAAUCAAA